UUAUAUGUUUGUUUUCCAUUUUCUUUAAAUUGAGAUUGUUUAAGUGCAAUAAACAAUUCUUGAUCUAUUGAAAAUACGUUGUGUUUUUCUAUGUGAAUAGAAAAAACGUCAUUGGUUUGAGAAGUUCAUGGAAAUCUGUGAAAUGUGCUCAUCAUUAGGAGAAAAGGUUUAUUAAAAUGCAUAAGGUAUUGGCGGUUUGUGAAUAGAUUAUGCAUGAGAGUUAGAAUGAAAAAAAAUUCGCUCUUUUAUAAACUUUUUCUAUAGUGGAAGUAUGUUUUCAUGCUUGAUUGGUGAGUUGGGGUUCUAAGAAUAUAAGCUUUCUGCCUUAACUGAUGCUAUUUCUAAACUUGUUGUGGGUAAUAUAGGGGGUAGUAAGGGUAAACCUUGUGGAGUGUGUUGCUUGGAAGGACAUCCUACUGAUGCGUGUCCAACACUCCAAAAUCCUGAAGUCAAUGCUUUGUUUUUCAAUAAUAACAACCAAAAGAAGUAUGAUCCUUUUUCUAACACUUAUAACGAGGGUUGGAGAGACCAUCCAAAUCUGCGUUAUGGUCCUCCGAGGGGUAAUAAUCUGAAUUUUUCUAAUAAUCCACCUCCCCAGCAAGAUAGGGCAACCCAGAUGUUAGAACAAGUGCUUAAAAAGAUGGAUGAUAAAUUUACUUCGGUUGACAUAAGUCUUAAGCAACUUCAAGAAAGACAAACAGCCUCUGAAACUUUGAUUAGUAAUAUGCAAGCUCAAAUGAACAAUAGGCUGCCUUCUCAACCCUUUCCCAACCCUAAAGAGAACCUUAAUGCUAUAGAGUUGAGGAAUAAAAAAGUGCUCAAAGAACCUAAAAGCAUUAGGGAAGAGGAAAAAGAGUUAAAAGUUGAACGUAGAAGUCCAAAACAGCCCUUAGAACCUGAAAUCCAGCCUCUGGACUCUGAAGACCAGCCUUUAGAACCUGCAACCAGCAUCUUAGAUGAAGACAAUGAGGCUGAAAAAUCUGAGGAAAAAGGAGAAACUGACCUUAGUGAUAGAAAUCCCGCCCUACCACACCUUAAGGCACCCUUCCCUAGCAAAUUCCUUCAACCUAGAAAGCCUAAAGAAAUUGAUCUUGCACUUCUUGAUACUUUUAAGAAGGUAGAGAUUAAUUUACCUCUCUUAGAAGCUAUUAAGCAAGUCCCUAAAUAUGCUAAGUUCCUAAAGGAGCUUUGCACCAACAAGAAUAGGCUAACGGGGAAUGAACGGGUAAGAAUGGGUGAAAAUGUCUCUGCUGUUUUUCAAAAGAAAAUUCCUCCAAAAUGUAAGGAUCCUGGUGUUUUUACCAUUCCUUGUCUUAUUGGUGAUUUGCACUUGGAUAGAGCCAUGUUGGAUUUAGGAUCUUCUAUUAAUGUAAUGCCCAAAGACGUUUUUGAUAAGCUUAAUAUUGGGGAACUGAAACCGACAGGGGUAGUGAUCCAAUUAGCCGAUAGGAGUUAUACUUAUCCCGAUGGUCUUCUUGAGGAUAUCUUGGUGAAAGUCAAUGACUUAGUUUUUCCCGCCGAUUUUUAUGUGUUGAGCAUGGGUUCCGAUACAUCUGACAUACCCAUUCUUCUAGGUAGACCUUUCAUGAAAACUGCUAGAGCUAAGAUUGAUGUUUAUGAUGGGGUUUUGUCGCUGGAAUUUGAUGGUGAAAAGAUUGAAUUUAACUUAUCUUCUGCGAUGAAAAGUCCCAUUGAAAAUAAUCAGCUUUGUUCUAUGGAUGUGAUUGAUGAUUGUGCUCAAGCUGUUUUUAACUUGUCUAGUGAUGAUGUGUUUGAUUCUGUGUUGUGUAAUAGUUUGGACAGGGUAGAACUUGAAUGCUUAGAAUACAGCCUUCCUAGUGAAGUUUUGAACUUAGUUGAAUACCUUGCUGAGUUUGAAGAGCUAGAAAACCUUAGCCAACCUGUGUUUAGGGCUGAGUUACUUGAGAACAGACCUAAGCUAGCUCCAUCCUUAGUUUCUCCACCCAAACUUGAGCUUAAAGACCUGCCCGAAGACCUUAAAAGGACCACCGUCCAAUCCUAGCCUUUUCACUGGAUCAUUUCCAGAUGAGAAUCUGUUGGCAAUUUCUACAAUUCCUUGGUUUGCUGACAUAGUAAAUUUUAAGGUUACUAAGACCUUUCCUCUUAAUAUGCCCAAGUCCCUACGUGAAAAAAUUCUGUCUCAAGAU